AUGAAUGGGCUGCAGAGAGUUGCUGCUGCAACUCUGCUUGCAGCUCCGACAGCCUAUUGCUACUCCACCAAACAGCAGCAGCAGCAGCAGCAGCAGCAGCAGCAGCAGCAGCGGCUCAGCAGCUGGAGGACCCGAGGAGUCUCUCACGUCGCCUUUUGCGCAGCGCAGCAGCAGCAGCAGCAGCACAAACAGCAGCAGCAGCAGCAGCAGCAGCAGCAGCACAAACAGCAGCAGAAGGUCUUCAUAUGGGGCAGCCGCCUGAGCUUCCCUGGUGGAGCCCCUUCGGACAUCCAAGUGCCCACGGAGGCUGACUCACUCUCGGGCUUCGCCUCCAGCUGGCUGGCCAUUUCCUUUGGGCCAAACUUUGGCGCUGCGCUGGCGGGCGAUGGCCGCAGCUGCGUCGUCUGGGGCUCGCUGCAGCAGCAAGACAGCGAGCCGGUGUUUGUCCCUCCGUUUUUGCUGCCGCUGCCAGCAGCAGCAGCAGCAGCAGCAGACGUGCAGUGUUCCUCAACGGAAUUAUUUUUGCUGGACAAGGACGGCCGCGUGUUCGUAAUUGACGACUUUCUGCUGCUGCUGCAGCAGCAACAGCAACAGCAGCAACAGCAGCAGCAGCAACAGCAGCAGCAGCCGCAGCAGCAGCAGCAGCAGCAGCAGUUUAGGCAGCUAAAGGGACUCCCAGUCAGGGGCUUCUUCUCUGGGGACUUUAUUGCGCAAAUGGCCAUUGGGGCAAACCACGCAGCUUUUGUCUCCCGGGAUGGCCGCCUCUGUAAAGUGGUACUGCCUGAGAACGCCAAGGCUGCUGCUGCUGCCUGCGGCGAUCGGCACACUCUUGUGCUGACUGCAGACGGCAAUACAUUUGCGUUUGGAGACGACUCGAAGAUCCAGCUGGCAAUUGGAGACACUCGAGGCCAAGGAGGUGCAGAUAUGGGGACGACAUACAAAGAGAGGAUUGACAUGGCGGGGGUCAAAGCGCCCAUGCGCCGAGGGGCUUCUUACGGGCUUCUAGAAAGGCAUCUGCAGCACAGCCCUGUGCCUUCUCUCAAACCACCGGCUGCUGUUUCCCCAGAAGCUGCACGAGGGUUUGCCACAGCGGUGGCUGCGAGCGACUUCUCAUCAAUCAUCUUGUACAAGGAAGGUGCUGCAGCAGCAGAGAGUGGUAGAAACGCCCUCUUGUGUUGCGGCGAAGCAGCUCGGGGACAGUGUGGUAGGACGCUGCAGCAGCAGCAGCAAACUUUGCUUCCUGUGCAGGCAUUGUCUCGCCCGCGCGCUGCGUGCGCCUGCCCGAGGGCCUUUUUGAGGGUUUAG